AUGGAUACCACAAUGGCGUCAGCAAAUUCCAGUAUUAACGCUAAUAGCGCUGCUGGUGGUUCCGGCUCUACACAAGGUAGUUUAUUAAAUCCAGGAAGCACGGGCACGCCUUUGGGCAGCAGUCCAGCUACUACACCAGCAAGGUUCAGUAAUCCGGUUGUGAGCAGCAGCUUCGUUCCUUCCAGUACACAAAUGUACCCUUUGCCUCAGCCUUCCAUGGACCCCUAUGGUUUUGCGAAUGCUGGAUUGGGAAUGGGACCACCGCAACAUCCUUCUGAUUUUAGCUCUUAUCACAUGUUUUCUGGUACCGGAAGGUCGCCGUAUGAUGCUUUUCAUCCAUAUUCUCGGGCAGUGCAGCCAGUCGCACCACCGACAUUUGCCUCGACAAUGAACCAUUCGUCAAUCUCCAACGUCAGCGGUACGGUUUUGCCUUAUUUAUGA